UAGAAAAUAACGGUGGUCGUGGAAUUGUGGGAUAUGUGUCUCUGCCACGUCUUGACAAUUCACGAUAUUUCCUAAUAUUUGUUCGAUCAUGACACAGUAUUCGAGAUAAAACUAGUAGAUAUAGGUAUUUGGUAUAAUUUAAGUUGCUUAAACGUGAAAAAUCUACGCAUCGAACGCGUACUAACAGCAUUCUUACACAAUGAAAGUUAAAGAGAUUGGUCGUACAGCUAAUAUAGCAUGGUCACCACAGCAACAACAUCCAGUUUAUAUGGUAGCUGGAACAGCUGCUCAGCAGCUGGAUGCUACAUUCAGCACAUCUGCAGCUCUCGAGCUGUACAGCUUGAAUCUUGGAGACCCAUCACUGGACAUGCCCUUGGUAGCAACAGUGCCUUCAGAUUGCAGGUUCCACAAAGUGGCCUGGGGAUGUUAUGGGGUAUCAGAAGACCUGUCUAAUGGUGUGAUAGUAGGAGGGGGAGACAGUGGGGGCAUUUUAGCAUAUGAUGCCUCCAAGUUUUUAGAUGGAGAUCAGGACUGCCUUAUGUUUAAAAAGGAUAAACACACAGGAGCUGUGAAGGCCCUAGACUUCAAUCCAUUUCAGAAUAAUUUACUAGUUUCUGGUGGAGCGGAAUCAGAAAUAUUUAUCUGGGACAUGAAUAACCCAGAUAGUCCAAUGACUCCAGGAGCUAAAUCGCAGCCACCAGAGGAAGUUGCUUGUGUAUCAUGGAACAGACAGGUACAACAUAUCUUAGCCUCCACAUUUACUGCUAGAUGUGUUGUCUGGGAUCUGAGGAAAAAUGAACCAAUCAUUAAAGUUAGCGACAGUAUGUCAAGGAUAAAACCAAAGUUGGUAUGUUGGAAUCCAGAGGUUGCCACCCAGAUGUGUUUAUCAUCAGAGGAUGAUCAUGCCCCAGUUAUACAGCUCUGGGAUCUCAGAUAUGCCACAUCUCCUGUCAAAGUGCUAGAAAACCAUCAAAGAGGUAUUUUAAGUAUGUCAUGGUGUCCCAAAGAUCCGGACCUGUUGCUCAGCUGUGCCAAAGAUAACAGAAUAUUGUGCUGGAAUCCAAAUAGUUCUGCUCAAAAUGGAGAGGUAGUUUAUGAGAUACCUACCAGUCAUCAGUGGAGUUUUGAUGUACAGUGGUGUCCAAGGAAUCCAAAUGUCAUAUCUAGUUCAUCGUUUGAUGGUAGUAUCACAUGUUACUCUCUGAUGGGAGGUGGUCAUCCAAUCCAGCAGAUUGAUAAGGUGUCUGAAUCAUUUCUGUCAUCUGAUCCGUUCACACAAGCAAUGCAUAGUCAGCAGCAGCAACAACAACAAGAACAGAAUGUAAUGCCAUUACAGAAACCACCUAAAUGGCUUAAGAAACCAGUAGGGGCUAACUUUGGAGUCAAUUUUGAGAAAGAACCAAGGGAAAAAUACAUUCAGAUGCUAGGAUAUGACAAAACAGAGCUUGCUACAAAGGUGACACAGCACACAAAAGCAGAGGGGUUAAAUGAGUCCAUAGGGCCUGGUGUUGAUGCUAAUGAACUUGCUAAGAAAAUGGACCAGCUUGGAACGGGGGAACCAGGUUCGCAAGCUCUUACUGGCAGUGGUAGAGCUUCCCCAAAUGUGGAGGCAAAGACUCCUGGAAGUAGAGAUGAGUUGAAUUUCUCAGAUGGAGGAGCAUCAGCAUUUGAUGAGAUAGGACUUUCUGCUGCUAAAUCUGACAAGAAACCAGAUGCUCCACUAAGUCUGUCUGCUUCUGAUGAUGCAGAUGGUCUUUUAUGUCAAGCAUUAUUAACAGGCAACUUUGAAGCAGCUGUUGAUAUGUGUCUGUGUGAGAACAAGAUGGCCGAGGCUAUACUGUUAGCUAUUGCUGGUGGUCCAGAACUUCUUAGCAGGACACAGCAGAGAUACUUCCAGAAAAAUGGCACAAAUCUUGGAAGACUGGUAUCAGCUAUUGUAACACAUGAUUGGAGACAGGUUGUGAACAGUUGUGAAUUAGACAAUUGGAAGGAAGCUUUAGCUGUUAUCCUCACUUAUUCUCCUGCUGAUGAAUUCUCUAUACUUUGUGAUAGUUUAGCAGCUAGGUUAGAAACAGAAGGUAAUGGUGAGCUGUCUCCCUAUGCUGGUUUAUGUUACAUAUGCUCCGGUAAUGUGGAAAAAAUGGUGGAGAAUUGGAUUAACACUACACAGAACAACCAGUCGCCAUUGGCCUUACAGGAUCUUGUAGAAAAAGUGAUGCUGUUACGCAAGGCAGUGGAAACUUCAAGAGGCCAUGCACCUGAAAUCACAACUGGUGUACUAGCAGAUAAACUGAGUAACUAUGCAGAGAUUUUGGCUGCACAAGGCCGCCUAGAUACUGCUUUGCGAUAUCUAGGUGAAAGUUCAGAGGUUAGCCUAACAGUAUUGAGGGACAGAUUGUACCAGGCCCUGUCAGUUGUCCCACAAGGUACAUCAGUUCCACAAUGCCCCUGGCAGAAAGUAAAUGUUGCCCCGCAGUCAAAAGCACCGAGUCAGCAAAGACCAGCAACAUACCAGGCUACUGCUAACUCGACAUUCAAUACAAACACAACAGGGACAUAUUCUAGUCAAGGUCAGUAUUCUAAUCAAUAUUCAACCAUGAAUGGUACAUCAGUACCUGCAUACAGUGUUAACAACCCAUUAACUGGACCUGGCACAUCGUCAGUGCCGGCAUAUAAUAGUCAGACAGGUGCACCGUCUUCACCAACCAACAAAGGUCCUCUGAGUCACAAGUACCCCCAGCCAACUGUAGGAUAUCCUGGAGCUGCACAAUCUGACUAUGGGAUAAAUACCUACAAUCCUAUGGACUAUAACACCAAUCAGCCAGCACAUCAACCUUAUGACUAUGGUACACAGUAUCAGCCAACAACAGUGACACAACCAUCAGGGCCUUCUCCAAACAUGUACCAAAAUAAUACACAAGGAUAUGGUCAGCCUCCUGUAGCUGGGGGUAUACAUCCUAAUUUCCACUCUUUCCAGGAUUCUAAACCUGACAAAGCAUGGAAUGAUCCCCCUAUGGUAGUGAAAAAAGAUAAACCAAAGCCCCAGCCAACAGAUGUAUCACCUAUAACCAACCCUAUAUAUGGUGGUCAACAACCGGUACCAGACCAGGGUCAACCAGCUGCUCAAAUGAACUAUGGUAAUUUUUACAAUCCCCAGGAGUACAAGCCUGAACCUCAGAAAUUUGCAACAGCACCACAAUCUACCUACACUAACAGCCAUGUUGCACCAAAGCCUGCCAUGCCAGAACCUGUGAAAGAAGUUCCAAAAGCACCUUUACCAGAGGAACAUAAAGUCUUACAAGAUAUAUUCAACAAUUUGGUGCAUAAUUGUCAAGCCAGAGCAAAUAAUGCUCAAAUGAAGAGGAAGUUGGAUGAUGUAAUGAAGAAAUUAGAAGUUCUCUAUGACAGACUUAGGGAUGGAACGUUAUCGCCAGCAGUUAUUCAAGGUUUACACCAGAUUGUUCAGACUAUACAACAAUAUGAUUAUAACACUGGACUUGGAAUAUACACACAAAUGGUUAGUCAGGGAAAUUUCUCAGAAAUCAGCAGUUUUAUGCCAGGAUUGAAGAUGUUGAUACAGUCCGCGGCACAUCUACAAGUUUAUGUACAAUAACUGAACUCUUCUCUAGGAUUAUUAUGCUUUUAAAUUUUAGGAUGGCAUUUUAUACAGCAUAUAAUACUUAUUUGAACGUUCCAUGAUUGUUCUGGACAUUGUUCUUUUUUUGUCUGAGGUAGUUCUUUUAUUUUUACCCUCAAACAAUGCUGUUUAUGAAAUUGCUAGGAAUAAAAUAAUUUUUGAAUUAAUUGUUAUCAUCUAUAUAUACAUGUGCCAGAUCAAAUGGGUAUAACUUUAACUUAAAAUUUGUGUAAGAGUGAUUCAUUUUUAGUAUCCUUAAUAAUUUUCCACCAUCUAACAUACUUUAGAAAGAGAGCAAUCCUAUAUUGAAUAAGUAAGUUUAAACUAAGGCUAAUUCUAAUGGUAAUAGCUUUAAGUAUGUAUGGAUAGGCAAAGUAUAUUUUCAAGUAUUAUAAUAUUUUAUCUAAUAAUCUGUCAACCUGAAAAAUUACUUAUAAAUAAAUUACACAUAAGCUUGUAGCUGCAUAAAGAAACACUUGAAAAUUUAUUAGAGUGAAAAUAUCAACCCAACAUUUAAACUUGAUAGCAAAUAUAUGUUUUUGAUUAUAAAUAAAGCUAUCAUAGUUUAUCAGUUAUUAUAAAGACAUCUGUAUCAUUGGUACUGUUAACAUUGAGAACUUCAGCAGAAAUAUUGUCUUGAUGUGCUACCAAAAAAAUAGCCACUUAGACUUGCAUGUCUGCACAAACCGACCAAAAUUUUUUUAGAACUACAUGAUUUUAUCAUUCUGCAAUAAUCAUUCUGCAGUGACAUAAAUUAGCAUCAUUCAGUGCUAAAUUAACUCUAUAUUGUCUAUAUUAAACACUUAACCAGGUUUAUGGUUUAAACCAUAUAACAACUAUAUUUAAGUAUUAAUUAGCUCAUUUGUAACAGAGCUCAUUUUAACAUGUCUGCUGUUUUAUAGUAAGCUAAUUAUGAGCAUGCUUAUUUUUAUAUCCUCAUGUUGUUAUAAGCUCAUUUAUUGAUGUCAUAUGAGAGAAUAUAUGUGUGCCAUUGUUAUGUGUUAUAUAUAAAUUAUAAAUGAUUUUUGAUGUGUUGAUAAUGAUCUGAUGAAUUGAUUGAGUAAAUUUCUGUCAUUCAAAAUGUAUGAAUGGAUAUGUCUUAGUUCUGUGAUUGUUAGAAAUAAAAAGUUGUAACAUAAAUGUUAUUAAUUUGUGUUCUUUAACUCUUAAUUGUAAGGGACUUGUAAAUUAUGUAGAAGGAAAAUUUUCUACAUAUUACUGUGUGAUAUUCUCAUAGACAUCUUGUUGCCUCCAAGUGAAUGUUCAUGUCUUUUUGCAUAGGUUAGUGUUUUUAUUAGUAAGCAUUUACAAAAUUAAAUUGUUCAAGAACGUAUUGAGCCAUCGGACCAGUUUAAUUAUGUUAACAAUGACAAAUGAACACAAACCAAUUUAGCUUCAAAAAUAUUUCUAUAUACAGGCGAUGUACAUGACUGAUCAGUUGUUGAUUUACCAGAGUAAAUGUGUUUAUAAUUUAUUUGGAAUACUGCAAUCCUAUUGGACAAAAAAUAAAUUUAUCUAAACGCCAACCAGUAAUAUUUCUAUAUGUUUAAAGUUUUACCUUUGUGUAAUAAUAUGCAAAAUUGUUCCUCCUGAAAUUGUUAAAGAAUAUACAUUUUUUGCUGCCUUUGUUUCAUCUUUGACCAUUUUAUGUUGUGCAUAACAUACAGAUCAAACAUUGAGAGAUAGUGUAAACUUAGAUAGAAAAUCUAUGUUGUUUUAGAUAUUCAUGUAUCCCUUUUGUGGGCUACUCCUCAAAACUAUUGGUGCAACUUCAUCCCAACUUUACAGAAAUGAUCAGUACCAAGUGUUGUUGCCCAUCAUUUUCCAGUUCAAUGAUUUUUAUGAGAGUAAUGGCUGAGAAUUUUUUUUUUUAAGUUUGUCUGGACUUCUCUGCUUAUUCCAUUAAUGCAGUUUGAUUGAAACUUUACAGUAUUGACCGGUACCUUAAGUACAUGCCUAUAUUACUUUGGUUUUCUGGUUAACUGAUUAUUUACUGAAAUAUGGCAUUUUGGCCUGUUAAUUAUUUUUGUGUCUCUUGCUACACAGUAGCUGCAACAUGCCACAUAGUAGUCUCCACUUGUAGGGAAUAAACUGUCCAAUUAUCCCUCAGUAAAACUGCUUAAUUGGCUAUCAUUGGGCGACACAUGAUUACCUUAAUGUGAUCACUGAUCACUCUUUUUUAAAACUCUUUAUUUUUUGCAUAAUAAAUUCUGUCAUUGAUUACAAGUAAAAUCAAAACUAGAUAGAGAUUAAAGUAGAACUAGUUAAGUAGUCAUAUUUACUCAGCGAUGAUAGAAAGUAUUUUGUUUUGAUGAUUUUUUUAUCUCUGUUAAUUGUUAUUUCUUUAGAAACAAUGUGAAAUGAGAUUGUAAAGUUGACUAGUUGAUUGCUUACUAACUAAGUUAGUUUCUUUACCUUCCACUGUGUCCAAAAUAUCUGAUAGAUUGUUCUUCCCGAACAACCCUCCCUCUAGUUUACCCGAACUACCCUCCCUCUAGUUUCUUGUUGUAUCUUUUCUCAUUCGGUUAAUAUCCUCGGUAUUUCCCCUGAGAAAUUAUGUCAUAAUCUCCUUGUUUUAUAUUAUUUUCAUGCAUACAUUUCUAAGUUGAUUAAGAUGCAAAAAAUGAAUGUUUGAAAGAUUCAGUUUUACUUUAACCUUCAGAGAGAGAAUGAAAGUUACAGAACUUCUAAGUUCUUUUCAUAUUUAAAAAAAUGGCUAGUCAGUAGAACCAUAAAAAACGUUAAUGAUUUCUUUUAUACAACUGAUUAUAAAAGAUGUUGCUCUUAAAUAUAUUAUUGAUUGACAGAUUUAAUUAUAUAUUCAUGUAAGAUGUUAAUAUUUUAUUUAUUGGACUGAUUUGAUUUAUGAUAACUAUGUGAAAAAAAAAUUAAAUAUUUUGAAGCAAACAAAUCUUAUUUUUUC